ACUGACGGAUGGAAAAAAAUCAAUAUUUUCGCAUUUUCAUCCACAGCAUCCAAUCAGACACAGAAAACUUACGUAUUUGCUCAAAAUAUUGUAGAAAUCCUUCUUCCAGGACAGUUUUGUACGAUUAAUACGAAACCGGGACAAUAAAACGUGCGUCUAGUGCGAGUAAAGUGCGCCUACAGUUAUACGCUCCAUCUCAUUUAAAUGGCAUCGAAACCGAAGAAAGCCCCCAGCAGCGCUCGUGAUGAGGACCUCUCGUCCGAAUCGGUGGAGGUGCUUCGCGAGCGACUGAACCAGAUGAAACGGCUGAUAGCCGAGCGCCAGAACACGACCCCGAGCGGAAGCGCCUCGGACCUGUGGUCCCCGCAGACCCGCUCCAGCUGCAGUGGCAUCAUCGACGGAAACUUUCUCUCGAUGGCGUUUGGCGGCGCGCUCAUCGUGAUCCUGUCCGUUUCGGUGUACGCAUUCUACAACCUGUACCACGCCGUGCUGAAGAAGUUUCCCUCGCAGCACACCGAGCUGUAGGUUGAGAACAGCUGCGUGGCCAUUUUCAUCUGAAUGUGUUGUAAUCAUUUAGAAUUCCAUGACUAAAUAAAUAAGCCUACAAGUAGGCAAGCUUCAUUCCAUUCUAGAGAA